AUGGAGUAUACCAACACCCCAAUGCAGGACCAAAGAAGCAUCACAUUGCUCCAAGCAGAGGCCGACAAUGACGACGAAAGUUAUUUCCGACUUCUGAUCAACGGGUCAGUAAGGUAUAUCACUAUUGCCCAAGGUAUCUGGAGCACAGAUGAUAUGUGCUUCGGUCCAUCUCUAGCCACGAUUCUCCCAGACCUUCCUACAGGCGAUUGGAACAAUGGUCUAGUCAAUAAACACCCAGAAACCGGCGAGCCAUACUUUGCACGCGCUACUCGGACUUCGUUUCCAGGAGUUGAGAAUACAUGGCAUAAUACCUUUGUUGAUUAUAUGGAUCUCGGAGAGAUCAGGAGACUUCGAACGGGUGUCUACGAAGUCAAAUGUCCCCAAUUUGAGGAACUUGUAGUUGUCAAGUUUGCUCGCUUUGAUUGGGAAAUCGGAUAUAUGGAGGGCGAGACUGCUGGCUACCAGUCGAUUGAGGGUUGUGAGAUUGGUCCUAGAUUUCUGGGACAUCUUACUGAAGAUGGUCGUGUUAUUGGCUUCUUGAUGGAGCGUAUCGCCAAUGCACGACAUGCUGGGCCUCAGGAUCUUGAUAUUUGCCAGGGGACUCUCGCUCGGUUACAUGCUUUGGGGAUUAAACAUGGUGAUGUGAAUCGGUUCAACUUCCUGAUUCGGGAUUCAAGAGCUAUCUUGAUUGAUUUUGACACGGCCCGGAAGUGUGAUGAUUCUAACUUGCUUGCUGAAGAGCUCCGCAGCUUACAAGAAGCGCUGGAGUCUUCUUCGACGAAGGGCGGUGGGGGGUAUCUCUGUUAG